AUGCCCAGCAUCACACUCAACAAUCCAGAGGACAAGGCAACAGUCAAGCGCUCCCUCUCCUCGCCCAACACUCGCAUCAUCACCGCCACCGUCGCAAGACUCUAUAUCGCCUAUCCAGACCCUUCCCAAUGGACAUAUGCUGGUAUCCUUGGAGCCGUCGCCUUGAUUCAAACCAGCAAUACCUUCUUCCUCCGCAUCGUCGACCUUCUUUAUGGGCAGGGUAUCAUCUGGGAACAAGAGCUCUAUCAAGGAUUCGUCUACCACCAGGACAUGCCCUUCUUUCACACCUUCCAAGCCGACAACUACGUGGCUGGAUUCUCGUUUGCAGAUGAACAUGAGGCAGAGGUCUUUUACAGCAAGGUCCACGGUCGAGCACGUCUGAGGCCAUCGGGCGCGCAGGGACGGAAUAAGUUCCCACUCCACAAUGGCAAACUGGACAAGUCGCGAAUCGGGAUGCCCUCGGACUUUCGCCAUGUCGGACAUAUUGGUUGGGAUCCUGACGUUGGCUUUGAGGCACAGAACAUUGAUCCGGCGUGGAGGACACUAUUUGACCAACUGGACACAUUCGGCGUGAGCAGACAGCAGAUCAACGAAAACGCGGGCUUUAUCACAAACUUUGUCAAUGCCCAUGGAGGAAUCGCCCCUACUACUACCAAACCUAACGGAGCCAGCAAUAGCGGUCUAUCGGAUCUAUCGAGGAUCGAUUCUCCUCCACUUGCGAGAGCGCAGUCUCCUCCACCGAAGAAGCGACCACCUCCACCUCCUCCACCACCUGUGAACACCAAUUCAGCGAAUCAGGGAGGAGGGGGAGCGUCACCGAUGGCGUCGCCAGCGCCGUACCAUGGGUACCUACCGAGACCUCUGGCCCAGGUGAUGGCUAGUCUUUCUUUUGGGACGUCGUCAUUCUAUGGGAACAAUUCUUCCACAAGUCCUCAGUCACCCCGGACGCCGUCACCACCUCAUGAGGAGGUGGCAGGAGAGACUGACACCAGCCCUUCGAUUGCACCAGCCUCCACCGUCCCUCCACCCCCUCCACCACCUCCUCCACCAAUGGUAGGUACAGGACAACAGCUACACAAACAAGAACCAAAGCGACAGCAACAACAGCCCUUGUCAAUCAGGACCAACACCGACCAAUCGAAUUUUUCAGGACCAACAUCCGCCCCAUUAUCCCCUUCUUCUUCCUCGUCCUCAUCCUCGGCGACCACGACGAAUGUGAUCAAGAGCCCGGUCGAGAAUUCACUAUUAGCGAGCAUCCGAGAGUCGGGCGGACUUCAAGGUCUGCGCAAGACGGGUGCCCUCCGAUCACCGCCUCCUCGUCCCCUUACGGGAGGUAAUCGCCCUAGCUCACCCACGAUGAUGAUGAAUUCAAGUAAUAGUCAGGGUGAUCUGGUCUCGGCGCUGGUUGCGGCUCUUCAGCGACGACAGACGAAGGUUACCUAUAGUGAGGAUGAGAGUGCUGGUAGCGAGUCUGAUGAUGGAUGGGAUGCUGACGAUUGA